UUCCAUGAAAUGGAUCUUACUAUUAUCCCCAUUCUAUGCUUUUUCAGUUGACUUCUUUUGCAAAUAGUGAAUUUCGUCGUGGAUAUCUUAUUAUUUUUCCAUAACAUUUCUCAGCUGAACUAAGCAUCCCUAAGCAGUUGGAUGAAUUGGUUAAAAUAAUUGAACACCCAAGAAAUCUGGGAUGUCAUUUGAGAGUCCUGCUUAGGAUAUCCUAAGGGUCAGAGGCCAAUCAUGGAGAACAAUUAUCUGUAUGGAAAAUACUACAUUAAGCACCUAUGUUGUUCUAUUUAUGCUCUACUUUGUUAGCCAUUGAAGGGUCUACUUACUGUAUCAUGAUUAUAUAUAUACAAACAGAUAUUUGUAAACCAAAACAAAACUAUAUAAAACUAACAUGCUUCACAACAUUCAGGAACUUUGAAGAGAUCUAUGAUGUUGAGAAGUUUAUAAAAAGCCUGGACGGGGUGGUCAGUGUAGCAAAAUAUCAGCCUGCUGAGGUCUCGACACGAAAUCUCGGGGCAGUGAGGGUUCCUAACCGGGUUACCGAAGACCACAUUGCAGAAAAUAUUGAACCAGUUUUUAGAGAAAAGGGCAACAUAAGGCUAGCAACUUACUUCCCUUCUGUAAAUAUGAAAAAGAGUGAACAAAAGAGUAACAUCGACUCAGUUGCAUGUCUGGCAAUGUUUGGAACUCUAGAGCUGCAACCAGACGUUCAUGAAGUGGUUGACUCAAUGAUUGAGCGUCUGAGAACUUUGAGUCGGAAGUCAGAUGGACAAUUCAUAGCAUUGGACUUGAGGGUUGACAUAUUGGAGAAAAAAGGUUGCAAAGUAAAUGGUAAUUCUGGAUUAAAAAGCUGUUACAGUCCAGAGGAGAUUGGAUUAUAUUUGAGGAAGAUUGGUUUUAACAAGGACACCACAAUAUAUCUGACCCAAUCGAGAUGGGAUAGCAGCCUUGAUGCUCUGAAGGACUUCUUUCCAAAAACUUAUACUAAGGAAGGCAUAAUGCCCAUGGAUAAAAAGGCCAAAUUCCUCGACUCUGAUUCUUCAGAAUUUGAGAAGGUUAUUGACUUCUACAUUUGUUCCCAAAGUGAUGUCUUUGUUCCAGCCAUCUCAGGCCUGUUCUAUUCCAACGUGGCUGGUAAGCGAAUUGCUUCCGGCAAGACUCAGAUACUUGUUCCGGCAAACAUUCCUGGAUCUUCUGCUUCUGCGGCAGAUUUCAUUUCCCCUUAUGUCUCAAAGAAGAAUCACUUGGCCUAUUCAUGUUUCUGCUGACUCUUCUGAAAGUAGAAGAGAGCAAGAUAGAGGCUUCUUAUACCUUCUGAAAUCGUCAUGCUUUCCGAUUUAGCUACAUCAAGCUUCUCUUGUAAGAAGACAAGCUGUGUAGAACUCAUACUUUCGUAUAAUCUUCAUUGUUCAAGAGGCUCUUAAUAGAGCAACAAACUCUUUUAAGAUGUAAUGGUCUUAUGUUUUUUAUUGUUCUUUGAAACAUUGUAUCUUGAUUCAUUGUAAAACUGUUUGCAUUCAG